CUGGUUCCGGUGGGGCUGGAUGGGCAGAGUUCACUCCUGCUCAGCAGGGUCUGGGGCUUCAGACUUGGCUGGCUCCAGCAGUGCCCUGGGGGAAGCCUUCCCCAGAGCACACCUGCAGGGCCAGGAGGGACCACCAGCCCCAAGCAGGACAGUCAGUGACACUGAGGGGUUUGCUCUUGCUCAAGGCUCCACAAAAGCUUAACUGCUCCUCUGAAAUAUCAGAGUAAGACCUGCUGCAAAAGCAUGUAUGUUUUAUCUUUGGCUGUUGUGGUGGGCUUUAACAGAUGCCGUAUUUCAAGGAUUCAUGCCUUUGAGAGAGGUUCUUGAAAGCCCAGAAGUAACACCUUCACAUCUGCCUAAGUGAAAAACUAGUUAAUUUGCCUUUGGAGGCCACCCUUCCCCCAUAUACACACUAAAUUUAAAUUCUGUUCUGAGAAGGACUGGGCCUUUCUUUUCCCAAUUGAACAGGCAUAAGAAAGCAGAGCUUGGCCCUCAGUUUUGAGCAGCACUUAGUUCCUCUGAAACCGGGAUGGUUUCCAGAUCAUUCAGGCCUGGCUUUCAUAGUGGCACAGUGCUUUAGUCUGGAUAAUGUAUGCUGGCCGUUUUCACUCCUAAGGACCUGAACAUGGUCUUCUCUUUACAUAAUAAGGAAUUAGUGAUGCCUUGUCCUAGCAUCUGAAGGACACUCUGUGCCUGCUACAAUCCACCGUGAAACUUGGCACAACCUACUGCCAAGGAUUUGGGAAGCGGAGGGAGGAGAGAAUAAAUCCUCCAGAGUUCUGUUGUCUAGUUAGUGAUGUAGGAGAAGCUUGGAUAGAAGCUCACACAUAGCUAGAGGUUGUUUUUGUUGGUUGUUUUCUUUUUUGCUGUCCCAUGACAUUGAGCAUUAUGCUGGUCCUAAAUUUCAUCUUCAGGCUUCUGCAUAUGUGCAUCCCAUCAUCCUGGCUGGAAAAGGUUUUCCACUAUGCAACUACCACCAGAAUACACACAUUUUAACAUCAAAUUCAGUCAAUCUACUGGGCAGCCACAACCCAUUUUUAGAAGAUGUGCAGGAGUCAGGCAGGUGACAGCUCUCCCUGCCCUUGUGUAAUUGUUUCCUGCUAAGUUCUGAACAACUUUGAAGGUUGUGAUCUCUUCUUUUUUGCACCCUCGCUGCUGUCAGCCCACAGCAAUUGGUUUGAAUUUGCAUUGAGACCAUUUGUCGGCGCAUGCUGCUGGAUGACUAAGAGCAGGAAAUAUAAACGAGGGCAGUCUUUCACACACUGUGGGGUGGGUGGCCUCGUCACACAUGAGCUGGCUUGGAAAGUUAUUCCAUCAAAAUGUUUUGAACAGAUUUGAAUUAGAGGAGUGGCUUGCAGCUUUCUGUUACUUGGCAGCACCUAGUAGUCGGAGCUCUGAUGCUGCGUAUGGUUUUGUUGGACUACAGCCAACCCGUGGCAACUCAGCAGGAGCUUGCAUUACUCUAGCAAGAUCUUGAUUUUAACAUGUACUAGGUUGCAUUCAGGCAUUCGUUACAGUUUGGAUGUUAGUGUGGAUGAAGUGAAAGCCUUAGCAUCUCUAAUGACAUACAAAUGUGCUGUGGUUGAUGUGCCAUUUGGUGGAGCAAAGGCUGGUGUGAAGAUCAAUCCCAAGAACUACACAGACAAUGAAUUGGAAAAGAUCACAAGAAGGUUUACCAUGGAGCUGGCGAAAAAAGGUUUCAUUGGUCCUGGAGUUGAUGUGCCUGCUCCUGAUAUGAGCACAGGGGAGAGGGAGAUGUCCUGGAUCGCUGACACUUAUGCCAGUACAAUAGGACACUAUGAUAUUAAUGCACACGCAUGUGUAACUGGUAAACCCAUCAGCCAGGGUGGGAUCCAUGGACGGAUAUCUGCAACUGGUCGUGGUCUCUUCCAUGGAAUUGAAAAUUUCAUCAAUGAAGCAUCAUAUAUGAGUAUAUUAGGAAUGACUCCUGGAUUUGGAGAUAAAACUUUUGCUGUUCAGGGAUUUGGUAAUGUGGGCUUGCAUUCUAUGAGAUACUUGCACCGUUUUGGAGCAAAAUGUGUUGCUGUUGGGGAAUUUAAUGGUUCUAUCUGGAAUCCUGAUGGGAUUGACCCAAAGGAACUAGAAGAUUACAAAUUGCAACAUGGCACAAUCAUGGGCUUCCCUAAAGCGCAGAAGCUUGAGGGCAGUAUUUUGGAAACAGACUGUGACAUUCUCAUCCCUGCUGCAAGUGAAAAGCAGUUGACUAAGGCCAAUGCUCACAAGGUCAAAGCAAAAAUUAUUGCUGAAGGUGCCAAUGGACCUACAACUCCUGAAGCUGACAAAAUCUUCUUGGAGAGGAAUAUCAUGGUUAUUCCUGAUCUUUACCUGAAUGCUGGUGGUGUAACAGUAUCCUACUUUGAAUGGCUGAAAAACUUGAACCAUGUCAGCUAUGGCCGCUUGACUUUUAAAUAUGAAAGGGAUUCCAACUACCACUUGCUCAUGUCUGUACAGGAAAGCUUGGAGAGAAAAUUUGGGAAGCAUGGUGGAACUAUUCCAGUUGUGCCUACAGCAGAAUUUCAAGAUAGGAUAUCAGGUGCAUCUGAGAAGGAUAUCGUCCACUCUGGGUUGGCUUAUACCAUGGAGCGUUCUGCUCGACAAAUCAUGCGUACUGCCAUGAAGUACAACCUGGGUCUGGACCUGAGAACAGCUGCCUAUGUCAAUGCGAUUGAGAAAGUCUUCAAAGUAUACAACGAGGCUGGCCUGACCUUUACAUAAGCAGGCUGUCACCGCUCCUUGUUGUAUCCCAUCCCUCUUGCCGUAAAUGUACCCUCUUCUUGGAAAAGCUUAUCACAAGUUUACAUGUAACCACGAAAAUUUCUUUUCUUCUGACGUUAUAGUGGAUUCUAUUCUCAAUUAGUUUCAGCCCAGACUAGUCUUUUUUUUUUUUUUUUUUUUUUUUUUUUUUUACAAUAAAAAUCCAUGGAUUAGGAAAUUGCAUACAAGCAUGUAUCUGAAGAUAACAGUUCAUCAGCAUUUGUGGGGGACGUUCUGGGUAUUUCACCUGCAAAACAAAAUGGUACAUUUUAUGUAUGAAAGAGUGGUCUUGCCACCUGAGCCACUUCUCAAACUUCAGAUCAGAUACUGUACUGGAUGAGCACUUCGCUCAUUAUUACUUCAUGCACUUUUGUUUAAUGAUAUAAUUUUGGCUUUGGCACUUUCAGUAAGGCCUCGUAUGAUCAAUGCUAUGGCAUUGUCAAAGGAAGAAUGGGCCUCCAGCAGGGAUUAACUUCAAUAGGAGUCUAAUUUUUUUUGUAGUAGAGCUUCAGGCCUGAUUCUCUCUAGGCAAUGUUUUUUUCUUUAACUGCUGCUGUUAUAGGACUGCGCUCUAUUGCUUGUUCAAGUUAGCUUGGCUACUACCACCACGAAGUAUGUAGAGUUGACAAACUAAUAUUUUUAUAAGCUGAAACUAUCAAGCAAUUAUAGUAACAUUUUUAAAUCAAGCAUCUAUGUAAUUAUUCUGACUACACUUUUUUUUUUUUUUUUUUUUAAAGAAAAGGGAUAGUCUGAAUUUGCUAAGCAAUCAUACCUGUUUUUAACAUUCUUUGUCGGUCUUUUCCUCCCAGAGGCUGUUUCAAAAUUAGAUACUGCCUCAGUGAACAACUACAGUGAAAUACAACCCAGAAAUCAUUGGCCAGAUCACAGAGGAGCUAGAAUGCUGCUGUAAACUUAAUCCACUGUCUUAACACAUAGCUUCUUUUUUUAUUUUUUAUUUUUGCCAUCAGAAGGUCGUGACAGUUUUGAAUAUAUUCAAAUACAACAGAAUGGACCUCAACACAAUACUGGAUCAAGCACAGUUUAUAAAGUCUAAGGCUUUUGUCCAGCCGAGUCCCCUUGAAGUGCCAGUUGUUAUUUAUGUAAUGAAUAUGAGUGUUUUUUUCUAAAAGACAACCAGUCCCUCCCAGAAACUUAUGUUUUUUUUCUAUCUACUUUGUAACUGCAUAACAUAACCUGGAGAGAAGAGCAGUUAUUAAAAAAAAAUUGACCUUUCCAAACCAA